AUGGUUCUCAAGAAAACAAUUAUUGUUGAUGGUGAUCUAAAAACUGGUGGUUCUGUUGUAUUGGUUCAGCGUUCUUCUAUUGAAGUUCAACUUGAAGAAAACAAUCUCAAGGUUGAGCUUGAUUCCUUAAUUGGACAAGCUACAGUUUUGGCUGCACUUGCAUUUGUCUCCCCAAAGCUGCCUCUUGGUUAUCCAGCUAGAUUUCCCAGAACAUUGCUUGAUGUAGCUAGAAAAAUGCUAAUAGAAGCUAGCCGAAACACCGUGGUUGCUACGGUUGAAAAAGAAGUUGGAUGGUUACUUCUCCCAUCCUUGUUGACUUCCAUGCCAAAGGAGGAGAUGGAAGACCAGGUGUUUGAUAUUCAUUCAUUAUGGGCUGAUGUCUUUAGUGGUCAUAGCCAAGAGCAUCAAGCAAAUUCAUAUGAGGAUCUAUCUUAUAAAAUAAGGUUAGCCUAG